AUGAAGACUCCAGCCGACAUGGGCAUCUUGCUGGCAGGCCGUGCAGCCAUGGAGGGCCAAGGUGCCGCUCCCUUUGAUACCCCUCCACCACCAUCCGGCCUGGGCAACUUCAAAGGAGUAAUGUUAUGUAAUCGGCCAACCGAUGAAGUCAAGGCUGUGGCCGAGGUUCCCAUGCCUUUUAGGUCAGCGGUUGCCUCAAACUCGGAGGUGGGCCUAAGGCCGUUGAGGAACUACGAGCCGACCGUGAAGAAGAGGGGCCCCAGCGCUGCUCUUCGAAGACACGUGCGAUGGCUCCGGGAGUUGCAAGAGCAAAUGAGGGAAGACCGCAACCAGGUGGAGCAAGAAGAGCAGGACGAAGAAGCCAAGAGGAUAAAAAUGAAAGCAGCCUUUGACAAGCAGAGACAAGCGGUGCGUGGUUUGAUGAAAGAGCGACACGACAAGUUGAAGGAGGAGGAAGCUACAGCCAAAGCUGACAAAACGGCCAAGCCGAGUUUUGCAGCCGCCGAUGAGGGCAAUGUGCCGGCGAAGGCGCAGGGUGCAAAACCGCUCUGGGCGAUGACUCCGCAGGAGAAGGACAAGUUUGAGGAGGAGGAGUUCGACGACCUUAUCAACUUCGUUGAGGGUUUGAACUUCGACAAAUAUGUCGGAGAUCUCGAGUUUCGACAGGCCCUGGGUGCGCUCAAAGACCGCACCGGGAAGUUGAAGAAGGAACAAGAAGCGUUCAAGGAUGAGCUUCUUGCAAGCUUCAACGCAAGCCUCGACGACGAAGACUACGAGGAAAGCACAGCCGCCGGAAGCUCAAAGUUAGAGGACGGCGUUGAUGGGCAGAGCCUCUUGGGGGACCUUCGCAGCGAGUACAGCGUUGCCUCUAGCCGCAGGUCAAGGAAUAAGGAAGCCCGUGACAAUGGUCAAAGGGAAUGGGAUAGCUCCACUGCUGCUGGGGAGGAGCGGCCUGCUGUUGACCCAGAGGUCAAGGACAUGGCUGAGGCGGUACUGGAGCAGAACCCCAAGUUCCGGGCCAUUCACUCUAAGGACUCCGUCCAAAAGAUCAUAGAGAAGGUGCGCGCUGAUCCGGUGGUCGACAUGCCUUUGGCAGACCACAUGCGGCUCGAGGGCCCGUGCCCGGUUCCUGUCAUCACCGCCUCAUCAGACACGCAAAAUCGGCUUCACAAGCCGGCGAAGAUCUCAGAUGCCUUCGACCAUGGGUAUGGCAACCGCCAGCUGCCGCGCACGAAGUGCAUGGCAGCUGCAGAGAGCCGUUCUUUCAAAGAACGGCUGCACGUGCAAACAAUCGCACAAGCACCCGCCAGCCGUGCAGCCAUGGAGGGCCCAGGUGCCGCUCCCUUCGAUGCCCCGCCACCGCCAUCCGGCCUCGGCAACUUCAAGGGAGUGAUGUUAUGCAACCGCCCAAGCGAUGAAGUCAAGGCUGUGGCCGAAGAUCCUAUGCCAUUUAGGUCAGCGGUUGCCUCAAACUCGGAGGUGGGCCUAAGGCCGUUGAGGAACUACGAGCCGACCGUGAAGAAGAGGGGCCCCAGCGCUGCUCUUCGAAGACACGUGCGAUGGCUCCGGGAGUUGCAAGAGCAAAUGAGGGAAGACCGCAACCAGGCCGAGCAAGGAGAGCAGGAUGAAGUCGCCAAGAGGAUAAAGCUCAAAACCGCCUUUGACAAGCACCGAGAAGCGGUGCGGGGAAUGAUGCAAGAGCGAAGCGACAAGCGAAGGGAGGAGGAAGCUGCAACCAAAGCUGAGAAAGCGGCCAAGGCAGAGGCCAAGGCAGCUGCGCAGUCCGCACAGCCAGCACUCACCGAGAUUGCGCGGGCUGCGGCAGCAGCUGUUGAGGGCAAGGUGCCCGCGAAGGCGCAGAGUGCAAAGCCGCUUUGGGCGAUGACUGCGCAGGAGAAGGAGAAGUUUGAGGAAGAGGAGGCCGACAACCUCAUCAACUUCGCCGAGGGUUUGGACUUCGACGAAUAUGUUGCAGAUCUGGAGUUUCGACAAGCUCUGGGUGCACUCAAAGAUCGCGCAGGAAAGCUGAUGAAAGAACAAGAAGCGUUUAAAGAUGAGCUCCUCGCAAGCUUCGCGGAAGAGUACGAGGAAAGCACGGCCGCAGGAAGCUCCAAGGCGGAGGCGGUCGUUAUUUGGGACAGAUUGUUCGUCUUGCUCUGCGAACCCGGAACCCUCUUCUCACAUCUGAACUUGCUGCACGCGGAUGGUCUGAGCCCAUCGCUUUGCGAUUUUGGCUUGAAGGAUGGCGUGGAUGGGCAGAGCCUUUUGGGGGACCACCGCAGCGAGUACAGCGUGGCCUCCAGCCGCAGGAGAAAAGAAGUCCAGGAACAUGGCCAAAAAGACUGGGACAGCUCCACAGCUGCUGGGGAGGACCGACCUGCCGUUGACCCUGAGGUGAAGGGCAUGGCAGAGGCGGUGCUGGAGCAGCACCCCAAGUUCCGGGCCAUUCACUCGAAGGACUCUGUUCAGAAGGUCAUAGAGAAGGUGGGCUGCAUGGGCAGACAUCCAAGAGCUCACGAGUUAUAA